AUGAUGGGGACCGACAGAAAAGGUGGAAAAAUGGAGUACUACAUUUUUGUGUUUCAAAUGGCUCUAUUACUUUUCAUCGGAAAGCAGGCUUUUGCUCAGAUACGAUACUCUAUUCCAGAGGAGGCGAAAGAAGGAACCGCUGUUGGAAAUGUUGCGAAGGAUCUCGGCAUUGAAAUUACCUCGUUAUCUGACCGGCGGUUCCGUGUUGUUUCUGGAUCAAAGGAGACAUUUUUUGAGGUGAAUCAGGACAAUGGGGCUCUGUAUGUCCACAGGAAAAUCGACAGAGAGGAACUGUGUCACGGUGGUGGUGCAUGUCUAAUGGAGCUAAAAAUCCUGGUUGAAAACCCCUUGGAAAUGCACUAUGUAGUUGUAGAAAUUACAGAUGUCAAUGAUCACUUUCCUAGUUUCCCCGAAAAAGAACAGACAUUUGAAAUAUUUGAACAAACAUUACCAGGAAGGCGAUUCCAACUGCACGCUGCUCGUGAUCCCGAUGCUGGAAUUUACUCUAUUCGUACAUACACUUUAACGGCAAACGAUUAUUUUGAAGUAGACAUCCGUCAAAGUGAUGAAGACAAAAUUCCAUUUUUAGUGCUGAAGAAAUCGGUCGACAGAGAACAAAAGAAUAAACAUGCAUUACUGGUUACAGCAGUUGAUGGAGGUAAACCUCCAAAAUCUGGGACACUAAAUGUUUCUAUUAUUGUUCUUGACAGUAAUGAUAAUCGUCCGAUGUUUAGUAAGGAGAUUUACCAAAUUACAAUACCCGAAAAUGUCGUCGUCGGUACUUCAAUAUUUAAAAUUAAUGCAACAGAUGCUGAUGAAGGCACCAAUAGCGAAAUUGAAUACAGCCUUGGAAAAACUUUGAAGAAAAAAGUAUAUGACAUUUUUGAAUUAGACAAAUUAACUGGAGAACUCAGAGUAAAAGCAGUAGUGGACUAUGAAGAAAACGACGUUUAUAAACUUGAUGUUGAGGCAUCAGAUAAAGGAACGCCUCCACUGAUAGGUGAGUGUAGAGUCAUAAUAAAGAUUAAAGACGUCAAUGAUAAUGCACCAGAAAUAGAUGUGACCUCACUGUCAAAUAUAGUGUCUGAAGACUCCAAGCCUGGCACAGUCAUUUCAUUGCUUAGUGCUGUGGAUAAAGAUUACGGCGUCAAUGGAAAAAUUAUAACAAGCAUAACAUCAGACGUGCCUUUUGAAUUAAAACCUUCUUAUAAGGAAAACAUAUAUUCAAUUGUCACUAAAGGAUUUCUGGAUCGAGAGAAGGUGUCACAUUAUGAAAUAACAAUAAAAGCCACUGAUUGUGGUGAACCUCCCUUAUCUACUGUUAAAACAUUGAGUAUUCAGAUAUCAGAUGUAAAUGACAACAGUCCACAUUUCGACCAAAAUCCAUUACAGUUUUACCUGAUAGAAAAUAACAUCGCUGGAAAGACAAUAUUAUCUGUAAGCGCUACGGACAAAGACGUGAAUGACAAUGCAGCGAUUUCUUUUCAUGUAGUUAGAGGAGCAACUGAAAAUGAUAUAACAUCUUUUCUGAAUAUAAACUCUGAGAAUGGAGAUAUUUUGGCUCUAAAAAGUUUUGACUUUGAAACCCUGAAAACGUUCCAGUUCCAAGUUGUCGCCUCAGAUUCUGGAACUCCGUCACUAAGCAGCAACGUCACAGUGAACGUGUUCAUUCUGGAUCAGAACGACAACGCUCCAGUCAUCCUGUAUCCAGUCAGCUCGAACGGUUCUGCUGAAGGUGUGGAGGAGGUUCCCCGCAAUGUGAACGCAGGACACUUGGUGACUAAAGUCAGAGCCUAUGACGCUGAUAUCGGAUAUAACGGCUGGCUGCUGUUUUCACUGCAGGAAGUUACUGACCACAGUCUCUUUGGGUUGGACCGCUAUACAGGACAGAUCAGAACACUUCGCUCAUUCACAGAGACAGACGAGGCGGAGCAUAAACUGGUCAUACUGGUGAAAGACAAUGGGAACGUGUCACUCUCAGCAACAGCGACUGUGGUUGUCAAAGUUGUGGAGCCCAAAGAGGCUUUUGCUGCUUCUGAUGUUAAAAGUGCAACAAAGGAUGAGGAGGAUAACAAUGUGACUUUUUACCUGAUGAUAACUUUGGGCUCAGUUUCAACACUUUUUCUCAUCAGUAUCAUCGUGCUGAUUGCAAUGCAGUGCUCUAAAUCCACAGACUACACUUCAAAAUAUCUACAAGAGACUAAUUAUGACGGGACCCUGUGUCACAGCAUCCAGUACAGAUCUGGAGAGAAACGCUACAUGUUAGUUGGACCCAGAAUGAGUAUAGGAUCUACUAUAGUCCCGGGCAGCCACGCGAACACACUCGUGCUCCCUGAUAGGAGACAUACUUCUGGAGAGGUAAGAAAUAUUGGAAGAAUCUAUUUUCUUCUCUGUUCGUUUUUUUCAUUUUUAAUCUGA